AUGCAGAAAAAAAUGAGGUCUUCGAUCAAACGCCCGCCCACUCCAGACGCAGAGGAGGAAGAACAUGAUCGAGAACCUACUCUUCAAGAAAUCAUCAACAUCAAAUUGAUUGAGAGUGGCGAGAAAGAACGAUUGAAGGAGCUUCUGAGGGAAAGGCUUAUCGAGUGUGGUUGGAAAGAUGAAAUGAAAUCCCUUUGCAGAUCAUUUACAAGGAAGAAAGGAAGGAGUAAUGUAACUAUUGAUGACCUUGUUCAUCUCAUUACACCAAAAGGCAGAGCUGCUGUUCCUGAUUCUGUAAAAGCUGAGCUAUUGCAAAGAAUUCGAUCAUUUCUUCAAUCAGCAGCUCUUUGAUUACAUUGCGAUUGUGAAAUGUUUUGAGAGUCGAAAUCUCAUGUAAUAUCACUUGCAUUUGCAAUUCUUAUGUUUGUGUAGUUUACAAAAA